GUACCUCAAUUGGAGAUGGAAGUGAACCUCCCUCCGGGUUUUAGAUUUCAUCCAACCGAUGAAGAGCUCAUCAUUUGCUAUCUAAGCCGCAAGGUCUCGGAUUUUAGGUUUGUUACCAAAGCUAUAUCUGAGGUUGAUCUCAAUAAGUGUGAGCCAUGGGAACUCCCAGGGAAGACCAUUAACAUGGGAGAGAAGGAAUGGUAUUUCUUCAGCUUGAGAGAUCGUAAAUAUCCGACGGGCCUCCGGACCAACAGAGCCACUGAUGCAGGCUAUUGGAAAACCACAGGGAAAGACAAGGAGAUCUUCCAUUCGGGCGUCCCGGUUGGCAUGAAGAAAACCCUGGUAUUUUAUAAAGGAAGAGCUCCAAAUGGUGAGAAGACUGGUUGGGUGAUGCAUGAGUAUCGACUGCACGCCAAAUUCCCUUAUAAAUCCACAAAGGAAGAAUGGGUUGUGUGCAGGGUCUUUAGAAGGAGCUCCAAUGGCAAAAAACUACAAGAGGGCACUUCAUCCAUGCCAAACUUACUUGGAUCAUCAUGUAAUACUACUUCAACAACUGAGCUUGGCGAACCCAAUACAUCCAUGUUAGGAUCAUCAUGUAAGACUACUUCAACAACUGAGCUUGGCGAACCCAAUACAUCCAUGUUAGGUAAGCUCAUCAAUUCUUCUAGCACUCUCGAUGCGGUGUUGAUUAAUAAGGACGACGACAACAAUAGCACUGACAAGAUGGACAUGAAUUUUGCUAAAGAACCCACGAACGAGAUUAUGCAAUAUGAUGAAUGGCCUUCAGGCUUGUUAAGUUCCAGCUUCUCAACAAAUCCCACGAUCUUGAAGGCAUUGCAGCUUGAUAAUAAACAACCAAGAGAAGCCACAGAUAUGGCCACCUUAAACCCUUUUGUAGCACAAGGAGAUGCCAUCUAUGGAGUUGAAUCGAGCUCGAGUUUCCCAGCUUCUUCGUCUAGAGGCUCAGAUUCUAUGCAACGACGGCUUUUCGAUCAGAAAUCUAUUUGGACAGGUUUCUGAAAGGAGAAUGACCAGUGGAUUUUAUAUAGCAGAAAACUUAUUUAAGAAACAAUUGUAUAGAAAAUUUUUCCCCCUUCAUUCCGAAGAAAAAAGCUUUUCAGAAUGCUCGUGUUAGUUAUUCUUAACUAUGGUGCAUGGGGGAGAAACCCCUUUCUAAAGCAAAAGUUUCAGAGCUUCAUUUAUG